CACGAUAACACGCUUCACUACUCCAAACUCAUCUGUGGUGUGGUCCAGAACACCUUCGCCUGUUGAUCAUGACCCUUUCACAGGAACAGCUUCUCGACCCGCAUCGAGUGAUCAUGCAUCUCUCAUGCGCUCUUGAGUCGGGUAAGCUCCUACGUCCUGCCUUGGCAUCGCUCGACCGGGGCGGGAUUCCGGGGUCAUGUCCGGUUCAAUACUUCUAGAAGGGUUGGUGGCUGAGCCGCACGCCGUAUCCAACCAAUCAGACGAGUAGCCUUCGAUCAGACCUGGCAAGACAUUUAGCCUAAUAGUGGUAAUAUCUACCCCGACCUUUGUGAUCUCCUCUUGUGCGGCCCGCAAUAUGGACUCGCAUGGAUAUACAGCCUAGCAUAUAAGAACUCCCCUGCCCAGAUGAGCUCCAAUUCUUCCCCAGUAUUCACUCCACCUCCGCCUUGCAAUCGUCGUUGGCCGCUGGAACAGCUGGUCAAUACUAUCCGCAAUGAGUCCCCAUUUCAAGCGUCCCAACCAGGCCAAUGUGGUCGAGGCACAGGAAGCUGCGCCUGAGCUUCCACCAGUGUCAUGGAGCAAGUCACCCAACAUGCGCAAGCUUUACUUCUACUGCAUGAUUCUUUGCGUCUGUUCGGCCACCACCGGUUACGAUGGAUCUCUCAUGAACACUUCUCAGCUUCUUGACUCCUGGAAGACCACGAUGGACAACCCUUCAGAGGACACUUUGGGUCGUCUCAGCGCCAUGUACUCGAUCGGUUCCAUCGUUUCCCUCCCCGUGGUACCUUUCCUCAGCGACAGAUAUGGGCGCAAAACCCCCAUUACUAUUGGUUGCAUCAUUAUGGUUAUUGCCGCCGCCAUUCAGGCUGCCUCUAUGAGCCGCCCGCAAUAUGAGGGAGGCCGUUUCUUCAUGGGUUUCGGCAACUCCAUGGCUCAACUCUCUUGCCCUAUGCUUAUCACUGAAAUUGCGCAUCCUCAGCACCGUGCCAGGAUUACCACCGUGUACAACUGCUUGUGGAAUCUUGGUGCCCUGAUCUGUGGUUGGUUGGCUUUCGGUACACAGCACAUCCCCAACACCUGGUCCUGGAGAAUCCCGACUCUCAUCCAAGGCAUCUUCUCUAUCAUCCAGCUCGUGUUCAUCUGGUGGAUUCCUGAGUCCCCGCGUUGGCUGUUGUCCAAGGACAGGAACGACGAGGCGCUCCGCAUGCUCUCUCACUACCACGCCGACGGCAACGACAGCGACUCCACUGUCAUGUUCGAGUAUGCUGAAAUGAAGGAGACUAUCCGCAUCGAGUUCUUGCACAAGAAGAACUCGUCAUACAUGGACUUUAUUAAGACUGCAGGCAACCGCAAGCGGCUCUUGAUGAUCAUCUCCCUCGGUCUCUUCUCUCAGUGGUCUGGCAAUGCCCUUGUUAGCUACUACGCUGGUAUUAUCUACGAAGGUGCCGGUAUCACUCGCCAGACCGACAAAUUGGGUUUGGACGCUGGAAACAAGGUUCUCUCCUUGUUCGUCUCCAUCUCAUGCGCUUUGUUGGUCGACCGUGUUGGUAGACGCCCGCUUUUCCUCGCUGCCACCGGUGGUAUGCUCUUGUUCUUGAUUUGCGCUACCAUCACUGGUGAGCAAUAUGCCGAGAAGGGUACCCUUGCAAUUGGCUAUGUCAACAUUGUCUUCGUCUGGCUGCAUGGUGUCGCUUACUCCCUGGCUUGGUCUGGUCUCCUGGUUGCCUACACCGUCGAGAUUCUGCCCUACAAGCUCCGUGCCAAGGGUGUGUUCAUCAUGAACAUUUCCGUUCAAGUCGCCCUCACGAUCAACAACUACGUGAACCCUAUUCCCAUCUCCGAGGGUGGCGGCUGGUACAAACAGAACUGGAAGCUGUUCGCCUGCUAUGCUGGCUGGGUUUUCCUCGAGUUGAUCUGGGUCUACUACUUCUACGUCGAGACUCGUGGCCCUACUCUCGAGGAGAUCGCUCGUAUCUUCGAUGGCGAUAACGCAGAGGUUGCUGACAUUGAUAUCGAUGGCAAGGGUAUCAGCAACCGCAAUGACAGCAUCAAGGAGGCUCAUGUGCAAAUCGAGAAGGCAUAGGCGACUCCGCCACUAUUUGUCAGCCACGUCGUUUUAGGCUAUAUAGCAAUGUAGCAUGUGUGCGAUUUAGUGUUAGAGCCUAUGGCGUUAGCCAGAGAAACAAGAACUUAUUAGCAUCGAACCAGAUACCCAUUACCAAACCAUCGUUGCAGUAGAGUGUGAAUGCUACUUCCUCUUCGACUUGAUAACUCGGCGUGAGCAAGGAACUACAUCCGCAUAUCCAGGCAAGAUUAUGGCCCAUGGCGAGGUACCAUACCUAAUUACAUCAAACCCACUUAGUAUCCGGGAACAGGACGAAGUUCAUGGAGAGAAGUUGCCCGAGAUACAACGCCGAAGCGAAGUAAGAGGUCAGAGACGAAAGUCUUGCUAGGAAUCCUGGUGUGAAGAUCUCAAGGGGAGACCGAAGGUUG